AUGAAGGAUUGCAAUUUGUUUAUACAAACAAUUCUGUUGCCUUUGAUUACGACGAUUGCGUAUCCCGUCGUCCCCAUAAUUUGCGUAGUUGAAACUGAAGUAACAAUCAGUUGUUUUACUUUGCGGUUAAAAACAGGAUUUGAUCCCACAGAGCGAUGCCGCUUUAAAUUUAACGGUCUGCCGAGGUUUGCUAUUGAUUCAUUCUAUGUAGUUAAGGAACGACAGUUCUCUGAUGGCGUCACAGUGAUUCAUGUAGACACCAAGUAA